AUGAAAAAUUUUUACUGUUUUUUUUAUUUUUGUAACUUAUUUUUAACUAGCAGAAAGAAAACAUUUUAUAAUUUAAAAAAAAAUAAAAUUAGAAAUAUAGGAAACAUUAAAAUAUACGAUACUAAUGAUAAUUAUAACUAUUUAGAAAAAAUCAGAAAUUCCGAAUAUGAAGAUAUACUUGAUGAAAUAAUUAAUGAAUAUGAAGAAAAAAAAAAAAGAGAGGAAGAUAAUAAUGGAAUAGAUAACAAAAAUAACAAUUUACAAGAAAAUUUAGAUAGCAACAAUGUAAACAAAGAUAAUAAUUCUGAGAAUGGAGAAUCAAAAAAAAGAGAUGAAAUUAAGAGGAUUCAGCAACAAAAGGAGAAUAAUAUUUUAAAUUUAUGCAAUUUAAAUUAUGAUUUAUUAAAUAUUUUAUUAAAAAAAGAACUAGAAAAAAAUAAAAAUGAUGAUGAAGAUAAGCAUUAUAACAAAUUCAGUUUAUUUUUAGAAAUUCAAAACGAUAUCAGAAAUAAAAAAAUGUAUAUUGAUGAUAGUGUUGGUAGAUACUUUUUAAAUAUUGAUAAUAUAUUCGUUAACACUAUUUCCGAACGAGAAUUACAUUUUCUAAAAAAUGAAAUAUAUAAAAAUAUUAUAUACUUGAAAUAUAAGUACUUAAAAAGCUAUAAAAGCACUAUUCAUGAUUUAAAGCAAAUAAAACAAAAUAAGACAGAAGAAAUAAAUAAGCACGUUUCAAUAGUUCAUGAAGAUGAGGAUUCUGAAGAAUUAGUUAAUAAAAAUGAUUAUGCUGAUGAUAAUAGCAAUUACACAAAAUAUAAUGGUAAUGAAUCUAAAAUAAAUAAUGAUAUCACUGGUAAAAAAGAAGAUAAAGAAAAUACUUAUACUAAUAAAAUUUCUUUAAAUGAUUUAAAUAAGGAUCAUAUUCAUUCUAGUAAUUCAGAAUAUAUAAAAAAUAUAGAUGAGAAAUUGUCUAUUGAAAGUCUAAAAGAAAUAAUAGAUGUAAAACAAAGACUCUCAAUACUACAAAAAAAUUUCGAUGAUUUAAAAAAUCUUAAUAUAGCUGACUUUUUAAGUAAAAACAAUUUUUUAAAUGAUUUAAAUGUUCAUAAUUUUAUUUUUUAUAAUUAUAAUUGCCAUUCAUUAGAUAAAACUAUGAAAAACUUUGUUAAAAAAAUACAUAAAGGUGAUAUAUCAAAAAAUAUUAAAAAAAAUGAUAAUGAAAUAAAUUCUAUAAAUAAAAAUGAAAAAAGCAAUUCUUUCUCUAAAGAGGAAGGUAAUGAUAUUCUAAAAGAUGCUGAAAACAAUUAUUCAUAUAUAUGUAUACCCAAAAUGAGCGAUUAUAAUUUUUUUAAAAGUGAAAGUAGAUCAAUCAUUAUUAAUUUAUCAAGUCAAAUUGAUGAUGAAAAGAAGAGUUUUCAAAAAAUUAAUGAAUUAAAUAUUGAUACAGAUAAAGGUAUACUAGUAUUAAGCGGAAAUGAAAAAAAUUUAAAUGUUAGUGUAAGAAAUAUAUGUGAUAAAAUAUCAUAUUUAUCCCAAAGCUUUACUAUAUAUCCACAACUAAAUUAUAAUGAAAAUAUUUCCAAAAACAAAAAAAUUAUUCUUAGGAUACUUAUGUUAAUGCUAUUUUACUUUAAAAUAAAAAAUUUAUAUGUGAUUUGUUUAGAUGAUAAAAGUACAAAAUUUUUUUACGAAUUUAUGAAGAAUAGUGGUAACAAUUUAUUAAUGAAUUUUUGUAAAAACAAGAAAGACGAAUAUUUAUUUGUUGAUUUAGAUAAAAUUAAAUUUUCUCAUGUAUUUAGUAGAAAUUUUGUACCUUUAUUUUCAAUAGAUAAUAUUUUCAAAAACCAUGUAUUUAUGAUGAAUAAAGAAGAAAACAUUUUUGAUAUUAAUUUUUUUAAAAGAUCAUGUUUAUUCAUUUUUUUAAAUGAACAUGGCGAUAAAAAAAAUGUAAUUUCUUCAUCUGUUCAGCAUUUUUUUUACUAUAAAAAAUUUGAUUAUCCUUUUAUAUAUAAUAUUGAUAAAAAAUAUUCAUUAGAAACAUUAAAAAAAUUUAACGAAAUUCUAUUAUAUAUAACAUCGUGGAUAGAUAUAUUUCAUACUAGUGAAAAUGAAAAUAAUUCAAAAAAUAAUGAGGAACUAGAUGAUGAUGAGCAUGAUGAGAAAGAUGAUGAAGAUGAAAAUUCUGAACUAAGUGAUCAGAAUGAUGACGAAAAUGAUGAAGAUAAUUAUGAAAAAGAAGAUGAACGAGAAGGAGAAGGUUAUUUUGGAAAAGAUAUAGACAGAGAUGAAGAAAAUGAAAACUAUUAA